AGAGGACAAAGGAAGUUCAGACUGAGGAGCAGUCCGAAGAACUGCCCAAUAGCACCCUGGGUUUGGGGCUUUCCUUUGCCUUUAUGCAAGUAUCUGGCACCAAUUCUGGCCCAGUCAUUUGUGAUCCAUGGCUCUUGUGAUAUGCCGAAGAUUUCCAGGCAGUUUCUGUGGAAUGCCUUCUCAUCCAGCUCUAAUCAAGAACCAUGUAAACAAGAAAUUGCUUGGUCAAACCUGUGAGGACUGUGUUCUGACUGCCAAAAUGAUCAGUUCUGACACCAGAAUGACAGCCACUCUCAAGCUGUUAAAAGCUUUAAGAUACCGAGCUUUUUGCAAUCCUUUUACCUACAGUGCAACCCAAAGUGUGGCAUGUUGGAAUAUGAGAAGCUGCGCAUGGCGCAAAGGACAGGACUCUCCAGAAAACAGCCUCUGCCAUCCUGCCAAAAAAGUUAACAUUUGUAGCACCUCUGCUUCUGGGAGAAUUCUGACAAUUAGCAGUACCCUCCCCAGUUUGGAAUUCAGCAGGGCUUCUGCCUCUAAGGCCAGCACGUUGAAGCCGGGCUCACCCAGGGCCAUGAGAGUUGAUGAAGAGGAUGUAGAAACUUUUGAUUCCUUUGAAGACCCUCGAGUUUUCCUACAGCUAAGACCAGAAUACCAGCUUCACAGCUAUAACAGGUCUGAGACUUGUCAGCCCCUGUCUGUUUCAGAAGGUGAACUAAUUUUGCACAAAGUCACAGUUUAUCAAGAUAAUCUCCAGCCUCAAAUUAUUGCUGACUAUUUUUGUAAGCUGAGCUCUUUGCCUGCAGAGCAGCAUCCUGUUUUGCUGUCCAAUGCCAGCUUUGCUCUGCUCUGCCAGCUGAGUGUGAAAAACAUAAAUGUCUUUGAUGCCCCAGAUCUGAUCCGUAUUUUGAAAGCCUUUGUCAGUUUAGGAAUUCCUCAUUCCCAUUCAAUGCUAGAUGUGUUUGAAACCAAAUUUUGCCAUAAGGUAUGGGAGGUGAGUCUGGAUCAACUUCUCUUGGUGGCUGACCUCUGGCGGUACUUGGGCCGCAGAGUACCUCGGUUUUUAAAAAUCUUUUUUAGUUAUCUUAAUUUGCACUGGCAAGAGCUAUCCUUGUCCCAGCUGAUUCACUUAAUUUAUAUUAUAGGUGAAAAUCGUCAGGCACCCCAGGACCUAAUGAAAAAAUUGGAAUCAUUAAUCCUCAAGUAUAUAGAUUUGAUCAAUUUAGAGGAGGUUGGUACAAUCUGUUUGGGGUUUUUUAAAUCAAGUAGUAGUCUCUCUGAAUUUGUCAUGCGGAAAAUUGGAGACCUGGCUUGUGCUGACAUGCGGCAUCUGAGUAGUUAUGCUUUAGUGAAUAUUCUUAAAAUGUUCCGUUUCACUCAUGUGGAUCACGUAAAUUUCAUGAAGCAGUUUGGACAGAUUGCUCCUCAGCGAAUUCCUUCUCUGGGAGUUCAAGGUGUCAUGCACCUGACUCUUGCCUGCUCGGCCUUACGCAUCCUGGAUGAAGGAGUAAUGAAUGCUGUGGCUGCUUCUUUGCCUCCUAGGGUAGCAUACUGUCGAAGUAAAGAUGUUGCCAAGAUUCUGUGGUCAUUUGGAACUCUGAAUUAUAAGCCACCCAAUGCAAAAGAGUUUUAUUCUAGCCUGAUAAAUGAGAUUCACAGAAAGAUGCCUGAGUUCAACCGAUACCCAGAACACCUGCUCACCUGCCUGCUGGGCCUGGCAUUUUCUGAGUACUUUCCAAUAGAGCUCAUAGAUUUUGCUUUGAGUCCAGGGUUUGUCAGGUUAGCUCAAGAAAGAAGUAAGUUUGAGGUCACCAAGGAGCUGUAUACUCUUGAUGGUACAGUUGGCAUUGAGUGUCCAGAGUACAGAGGCAAUCGUCUUAGUUCUCACCUUCAGCAAAAGGCAUUGGAAAUGCUGUGGAAUUUAGCAAGGAAGGAUAUGAACUCAAAGCCUGAAUUCCUAGAAGCUCUCUUUUUACUUGAGACAAUGUUGGGUGGGCCCCAGUAUGUCAAACACCAUAUGAUUUUACCUCAUACCCGAUCUUCUGAUUUAGAGGUUCAGCUUGAUGUUAACAUGAAGCCAUUACCAUUUAACAGAGAAGCCACACCAACUGAAGAUGUAGCCAAAUUAAGGCUUAAGCAUGUGGGAAUCAGCCUUACAGAUGAUUUGAUGAAUCAGCUACUAAAAGGGAAAUCAAGAGGGUAUUUGCAGGGGGAAACUGAGUCAGACAGUGGGCAGCAGCCCAUGAAAUUAGAGGAGGUGGCCAUACCUAUGGGGGGCUCCCUUUGCAAUACGGCAGACAGAUUGGAGGCCAUGGAGAUGGCUGGCCUGUGCCCCCCGGCCUGCAGGCAGGCCCCACAAGUGAAACUGGCUAUUCAGUUGACAAACAAGAACCAGUAUUGCUAUGGUUCCAGGGAUCUGCUUGGACUACAUAAUAUGAAGAGGCGGCAGCUGAAUCAGCUUGGAUACCAUGUGGUGGAGUUAUCUCACUGGGAAUGGCUCCCGCUACUGAAACGAACUCGCUUAGAAAAGCUGGCAUUUCUCCAUGAGAAAGUGUUCACCUCUGCUCUCUGAAGGGCCUUCAGGGUCAUUUCUAGUCAUAAAUGCUGUAGAUGUGCACUGUGCCAGGUGUUGUGAAACAGUUAUAAAAGCCAGAAUGUAGAGUUGGUAAUAAAAUCAUCUGUUGAGGAGACUUAGUUGUGUUCUUUUCUGUGGCAGAUAGAAGCUAGCAUACGUUACUGUGAAAUAAUUGUAACCUGGUUCAGUUAUAUAAGUUGCUGUUAAUUUGUGCAGGUAAAUAAUAAACAUCUUAAAAUGUCUUAUGGUCAAGUAACUCCUAUCUCAUUUUCCUUUCUG